AGCGAGUACAUUGAAGAGACGUACGAAUUUAAGAACACCAAGUUUGAAAUUAAUGUGCAAUUCAUUCACAAUCGUAAUUCAAGUACUCAAUAAAUCCUCAUGAUUCUUUAAAAUAAACGAAUGACGAAAAAUUCUCUACUAUUUGCAAGUUUUUUCGUAAUUGUAAUAUCUUGUAAGAAAGUAGCCUGAACUUGCAAAAAUGUUCGAUCCGAUCUUAUUUUCUCGAAACACGUAUCUCAAUCCAUUUCAUCGGCGCAGGUACAACGUUUCGUUCGCUAAUUACCUUUCUUCAAGAAGUAGUCCUUCAUUACAAAACAUCUCGCAAACACCCAUGGUUUCAUUUCCAAUUCCCUCACCCGACAACCUGGCCAAAACCCAUGUUUCAUUAUUAACACCGACAACAACUUUAAUAAGAUAAAUUACAAAAGUUGAAUUUAAGGAGCACAAGUUGCUGAACUAAUUAGAACUCGUUUCUGUUAAUCCCACACGAAACCCCAAGUUUUCAUAUCAACGUCUGGCCCAUCAAAUAAUAUUAAUAAUACGAACAAAGUAGAAUCGUGACGAGACGUCCUUGAGGGCCGACCUUCCCAGAACUUAUUCAGAAAAUAAAACUAAAAGUAGAGAGCCCCGAGCUGAUAGACGGGCUCUGAUCCCAAACUAGUUUAACAAUUUAUCGCUUCUGUACGACCCGUGCCCGGGACAGGAUUAUGUAUCUAAUUACUUAAGUGAAAGAUUCCCUUUCGGCGUGAAAGUUGAAACAUUUCUGGAACCAGUGAAUCUGCUUGAAAUUUAAUUAAAAUCGGGACCUAACUCAGGCUACGUUUUGAUGUUUUCAAAAGAAAGCUUCAUUAUAAAUGAACGCACGAAGGUUAUAAUGACUGUCUGCGCGAAAGCUCGAUCGGAGUAAAAUAUCGGUUCGAAUUGAAAUAUUGGCCGCAGGCGUCGAGCGAGAUAACUCUUCAUCAAGUGAAAUUAGCGCGGCAAUCUGAGAUGCUAACGUUCGACGCUGCAUAUCUGACAAAACUGCAUAAUUAUAACUUUUAUCGCAUUCUUUAGCGAUAUUUAAUAAGUCAUCCGCGAUUGAUGGUCUUUCGACUUGGAUAAUGAUUUAUUGAUUGGACCUUUCAACUUUUGAAAUAUUAUCGGGCAUCAUCCAUCUUAAGAGCGUUCAAUACAAGUUCAUGUCUUUCUUUGUCCAUGUUGACAUGCUAUUUGAUAUUUAACAUCUGGAAAAAUAUCAUCCAUAUCUGGGUACUAGUGUCCCACAUUGUAUGAAUCUAUGAGAUCAUCUUUCAUGGUGUUAUGUUGGAGUGUGGUUGUCCGCAUCGUUAUCGAUGCGCUCGCCGCUGCAACGUCGAGUACCACACGCCAGAUAACGGUCUCGAAUCGUAACGUAAAUAUUUUACAAUCCUAGUUUAUUAUAUUGUGAAGCCGGCUACGCAAGGGCUAUGUUGUCGAGCACCCACAUAUAAGCUAACCGCGUCUGUCAAAUCAGAACCUCAAAUGAAAUCUCCGCAUAAAAACGAGAAGAAAAUUCAUACAAAGGUGGGUUUAAUCUAUUGCCGAGUCACGACGACAGUUCCAUCGAGCUAUCGUCGGAUUUGUGGGGUGCAGUGUUUGGCGACAGCGCGGGAAGGGGGGAGCUACCGCGCGGCACGCCGGCCCGGCCCGCUCCGCGACCGCGCCGCGUCACCCGGUCAGUCUACCUAUCGCUCAGCGCAAGAGCGGACGCGCGCUUCUCGGUUGUUUGUAUCAGACGAGUGUUUAUUAACUUGUGACAAAACUUAGUGCAGUCCAAUAACAAUUGGAUCGGAUUAUCUGCAGUGUAGUGACGUUUUGUUACAAUGAAAGUGUGUUUUUAGUGACAAACUAUUUGGUUAAAAGUUUUGUAAAGCGAACCGAUGGUCCUCUUGAAUAGUAACAUGAAAAUUAAUGGUCACUAAUUGGACAUCGGCUUAAAAUGACGAUUGACAGAACCGGCCGGCCUCCAGCGCCGAGACGCGCCUCCUCCACUUACAGAAGCUAUGAUGAACUCGGGGUCAUCGACCGCGCGAAACCUUUGAAGUACAGACAUGGAGGCAUCGAAGACCUCACCGGGAUAGAACAAGUCAGAGCAUACAGAACGUAUGAGCAACACGACUUGGAUAAUAUCACUGUCAUCAGUUCUGAGGAAGUUCCGAAACCUAAAAAGAAAAUAACGGACGGUCUCGCCAACGGGUUUAGGAGAACUUUCUCUGUGAGGAGCAGACGAGAGGAACCAGAAGGGAUUCCAUUGGACACGUUCAAUGUUACUUAUGAGGAGAAUUUCGCGACUGUCAGAGGCGCGCCUUUUGGACGGCGUCGGUCGCUCUCGCGGGAUAGAGGCUCGUCCAUACUGGGCAGGAGCUCUUCAGAGGGCGAUGUGAGGAUGGUCCCGCCCCGCGCCCCGCCCGCCGCGCCCGCGCCGCGCCUGCACCGCUGCCUGCGAGCCCUCGGCGGCAGCUGGAAAAAUCUAUUACUAUUGGGCGGGAUGUCCCGCGGGGGGAGCGGCGCCGGCAAGACCGCGACGGCGAAGCGCGUGCCGCCGCCAGCUGUCCCCGGAGACGCCUUCGGAACGCCGCAGCACCGACACUCCGGCUCCAGCUUUGGCUCCCAGGGGUACGCGUCCUGCGAGGAACAGCCUUACCCCCAGCCACCAGAUACACCUUCACACACUAGAGAUGACCACUCAGACUACGGCAGCACAGUGUCGGGUGUGUCCGGGGUGUCGGGCGCCAGCGGCAGCCUCGGCAAGAGUCCGGCCGGUGGCGGCACUUUCACGUUCCCGCCGCCCGCGCAGCCCCUCACGCAUAAAGCUGCCGUGUACUACCACCACCAGCUAGCACUUAGUGAUGAUCAGGGCAUCGAUAUGACACAGAGCCCCGGUCGCGACAGUCCCGGCUCGUCGUCCGGCUCAGCAGGCUCGGGCUCGCGCCACUCGUCCGCGUCGCUGGACAGCGGCCGCGCGUCCGGCCGCGUGCCGCACCAUCAUCACGCCGCCUGCCACUGCGGGGACCUCGCUGAUCGAGUCAGGGCUAUGAUCGCACAAGGAUUACCGGACACGGACAUAAUCCAUGCGUGCCUAGCUGAGCUCCAGAUGGAGGAGUACGCUCGGCUGUUCAUCGACGCCGGCUACGACCUGCCCACCGUCACCAGGAUGACUCCCGAGGACCUCACGGCUGUGGGCAUCAAGAAACCAAACCACCGCAAACGGUUAAAGGCAGAACUCGCCAACUUGAAUGUGCCCGAUAACCUGCCUGAUUAUAUACCGGGUUCCCUAGAAGAAUGGCUCCGACUACUCCGGCUGGAGGAGUACGGGCCCGCGCUGGUCGCGCAAGGGUACCGCACUGUGCAUGACGUCACGCAGCUCGCAUGGGAGGAUUUAGAAGACAUGGGUAUAGUACGACUUGGCCACCAGAAGAAAAUACUUUUAGCCAUCAAGAGAGUCAAAGAUAUUAGAGCUGGAAAGAGGAGCAUUAGUAACCAAGGGUCCCUGGACUUUACGAGAAUACAGCCGGGCCAGGAUUUAUAUCCGAGGGAGCUACAUUACCAGCCUUGGGAGCGACAACGGAGUUACCAUAAACCCCCCGACCUAAACUUUGACGCCAUACCGACGCCCCUUUGUGGCACAGACUUGGUCCCCAUCCAGAUCCGCCACCCGCGCGGUAAGUCGCUGGAGAGCCUGGAGGACCCGUCGGAGCGAGCUUCACACAGCACGUUCUCCCCGGAGGGGGGGUUCUACUACGGGGGAGGACAGUGGCGCCGCUCCUACGACGACGGGGACAUCACGCCAACUAACGACACGUACGAGGGCGGGGGCACGCUGCCGCGGCCGCGCGGCCUGGUGCGGCCCCGCCCCGUGGCCAAGAUCGCGGCCACGCCCGCCUACCGCGACAAGGCCGCCGAGUACGCGUACGACGAGCUGGCGUACUCCGCGCGGCUGCAGCGCGUGGCCUACGGCGCCAGCCCGCACGUGGCCCGCAAGCCGCCGCCCGAGCCGCCCAAGCGCCAGAGCUCGCAGUACGCGCCCUUCUCGCGCUUCGGCCAGACCACGGUGGAGAUCCACCCCGAGAAGAGCCUCCCGCUGAGCCUGCCCGCCUACCCCAGCUCGGACUCGCUGUCCGUGUCGCUGGACAGUACGGGGCUGCUGCCGCCGCCGCCCGCGCCCGCCUCGCCGCCGCGACGUCUCGACGACGACAAGCUGCGCACCGGCUCCGACGCCAGCUUCAAGUCUAGCUCCAGCACAGAAUCGGAUAGCAUUCCGUUCGCGAACGAGAACGCGGGCACCAUAAAGCAGAACCGCGGACAGAUAGGCGGGCGGCCGCACACGGUGGACUACGGGCGCGCGGGGCUGGCGGGGCUUGCGGGGCUGCCGCCGCGACACGACAAGCCCGCGCCGCACGACGCGCCCGACACCACCAGCGAGCCCGUCGACGUGCUCAACGACAUCGGGAACAUGCUCGCCAACCUCACGGACGAACUCGACGCCAUGCUGGAGGAAGAGAAACGACAAGGACUCACAGACUCCUAAAACAACACACAAUAUACAUUAUUGUACUCGAAUACAUUUAUAGACUUGUCAUUAAUUCCAAAGAAUUGGACAACGGCAAAGACUUCCACUAAUUUAAUGAAUGCUGAGAUUUUGAUAACGCAAGCAGUCUUAUUAUAGGCAUCUACAUUAUUUUAGAAGUGUAGCAAUAUAAAAGCAAUCUUUUGUGUAUUGCAUUGUUAUGAUGAUUAUGAAUUCUGAGUAGCACGAUUAGACUUAUUGGUUUUAGUCUUUAUCGAGAAACUAUUCAACUCGGGGGUAUAGGUUUUUAUGAAAUUUACAAACACAACAGUGCUGGUAAGCAUCUCUUCCAUUGCUACUUUAAAUUUACCUCUAUCUCAAAGGACUGAGUAUAGUACGUGAUGUCACUUUGACGUCUUUAGUCUGACAAGUAAUGUAGUCUUGUAAAUUGUAACGUGACCAAAAUCUUUGACUUUUUACCAAUGUUGCUUCAACACGUGGCACAGCUGAGCUGACGUCCCCAUGCAGCCACAGCUUGGACCUGUCACCUGCCAUCAACUUCCUGCAAACAACAAAUCGUAUAUUGUACGUACUUUGUAAUAGUUUUGUAGCCUUUUGUACCGACGUAGUACAUUUUAUACAUACACAUUGUACUUUUAAAAUAUAGUUUGCUAAUAAUAUCCUCUGUUAUAUAAAUUAAGUGAGCUGUGUAUUUUUGUUGUUACAAAUAAUUAGUUCCUUGUAAUAUUAAAAAUUGAGUGUUUUUUAUUGGGAUAAAGAAAUUAGAUGUUAGUUGGAUCCAAAAACAGACAAAAGUGGCUAUUUUUGUAAAUAUUGUUUUACUUAAAUUAUGUCAUAGAUAAAAUAUAUCCCAGUAGUUAGUUUUUCAUGUACAAUAAUUGUAGAGUAUCUGAUUAUGACGUAGAAAUUAAUGUAGCUAGAAUUUAUACAAAACAUUAGUCUAGUGAUAGUGUGAAAAAUUAGGGUUUACAUAUUAAUGUAUUAUAGACAAUUAUAAAGUUAGCAUAGACCUCAUAGACCUUGUAUGUCAUCCUUGUAACGCAUAAAGGACAUGCCGUUCCCAUUAAUAUUAAUUACAAAGUUAUGCUUUCACUUAUAAACAUAUUCCUCAAACUAAACGCUUUGCAACACUGCUUGCAACGAAACGCAGAAGCCCGCGCAUUAAGUUUAUGGUGUUACCAGAGUGUAAAAUAACAAAUCCUGGUCCCAUUGUAACCUUCGAUCUCUUUUCAUUUUAUACUCUUCAACGCAUGUCCACUACCAACGUGAUAUCUAGCGGCCAUAGAAGCGAACAGAAACUAUUUUGUGAUUGACAACACUAUUAAGAACCGUAGUUAAAAAAAUAAGCAAUAUUGUCUUUGUCUUGUUUUAAUACGUUAACUUAUUUUAAACCUAUGAAAUGUUUGUAAAUUCAACUCAAUUUAUAGGUAGUUAGGUUUAAUAUUGUGUUUUAAUGAUUUAAUUAAAUUAUUUUAAUGUCAGCUGCGGUAUUCUAACAAAUGUUUAUAAAACGAAUAGAUUCUUAUAAAUUAUAAACAAUGACUAAAUAGUUUCCGUUACUAACCGUGAGUGUAAUAACAUCCUUUAAUGUAGAACAGUAAUUAAGCUUAACUUUGUAAAUAUCUUGAUAGAAAUCAUUGUUUCUAUACAGUCUUCUUUGUAUCAAUCUCAAAUGUAAACAUUUUUGUAUACCUACGUGUUAAUGACCAUUAUUCUACUUUUGGCCGCCGUUCAUAUUUUGUAAGGUGCUAGAAAAAAGAAGCAAAAUAAUUUUCCAUCAAAGUUUAUAUAACUUUUAGUAAGUCGUUCAUUGAACUAGUCAAAAUUUAUUUGUAUGGAACGGCGGCAAUGAAUGCAAUUUAUAUAAUCAGAAUUGUUAAAAUGUAAUUUAUUAUUAUUGAGCAGCUUAUGAUCCUCAUUUAGUUCGUUUCUUAUUUCAAUAAAUAUAUUUGUAAUAUCUA